GGCCUAGGCUGGUAAUUUCGAUAGGAAUCUGAAACCAUAGCCUGAACAUUCAUCAUCCUUGGGUACCUUAAUAAUUAUGAUAUCGAGCCAUUCCACGCGAAAGGACAUACUAAACAUGAUGUGUAGAAUAUGCGCUCGGGAAGACUGCAAUUCCAUUGACAUUUUUGGUGUAGAAGGUGUAAAACAAAACCUUGUCAGGAAGAUUCAUGCAUGUCUACCUGUGACUGUCCGGCAAGACGACAACCUUCCAAAACAGAUUUGCCUUACGUGCCUAACAAAACUUGAUACAUGUUGGGCUAUGUACUUGCAGUGUAAGGAGGCACAGACCAAAAUUGAAAAGAAAUUGUAUUCCUUGUCGAGAGAGCGAGACAAAAAUAAUCAGGAAAAUUUAAGCCCCAGUAAUGAAGACGCAUGUUGUGGCGUUUGCGGUCAGGAAGUAGGAGAAGAGGAUUAUGGUGUAGGAUGUGAAGGUGUUUGUAAAAAGUGGUUCCAUACAACAUGUGUACAAAUGACCAUGUUUAAGUACAAUGAGCUGUUGAACAAUCCUAAUAAAUCAUGGCUGUGUCAGGGGUGUAAGACAAAAGCCCCACUGCCAAAAAAAAUAACCCAUGUCAGGCUCAGCGUGGAGGAUAGAUUACGUGAUCUGACUGAGACUUACCCAGUGAAUUUUGGAGAGUCGGCGGUCAUCUGUUUAGCUCCGGACACUUCGACCCCAACCACCAGUGUCAACAGGGAGGCCCAAGUAGUGCCACAAGCCCCCACAGCGGGGACAAUAGAACCUGUGUUGACACCAGUCACGUAUCUAGCCCCCGCCACAGCCACCCCUACACAGCCAACAGCCCCUGCUGAAGAAAUAUAUCCUCAGGCGUUGAUCCAGGUGCCUCAGAAUCCAGUUAGUGAGCAGCCGAUAGUUUACCAAAACCCCACAGUAGUGGCCCCAGUAGUCGCCCCAGUCGAUACACCAGUUGUUGCUCCCGUUGUCGCUCCAGUACCUGCUCCCCAGUCACUUCCGAGACGGAGAACCGUCGUGCCCAAACCUAUGUCUGUUCAAGCUUCAGCUACACCCCAGCGAGCAGCCCCCACACCGGUGAAGAGACCGAACGAAGAGAAUUUCAAUAAUAUUAAUGGGAAGAAAUUGUGCGUUUAUUGUAAUAAGUAUUUCACUGACGACAUCAUCGACCAUCACACGAGCUUGCACCUUCGGCAGACAUUCCACACGUGUUUAGACUGCAACAAGAACUUCAGAUCUGAGCAGGCCCUGGAGAGACAUCGCUGUGAGAGUAGUACCAACGAAACUAUAAAUCUGGAUGACGAUGAUGAAUUGAUCAUUGUUUGAAUUCAGUUUUAAACAUUUGGCCAUUAAAGAGAUUCACUACUUAAGAUAUGUUAGUAUGAAUUAAUGGAGUUGGCAUGAUUUUUUAUGGUUCACAUCAAAAGUAUAGAAUUUUUUUUUAUGGGAAUAAAUAUAAAAAAAAUACUUGGCCGUCUUAAAAAUUGGUAUAACUUGAGCCUUAGGUGUCAUUUUGUAGGGCAAAUACAAAUAAAGGCAUUCCCCUCCCCCCCUCUAUUUAAUAAGAAGUUAUGAGCAAUAAUCAUACUUUACCAUUAGAUGAGAUUCAAACUUGUUUUAAAAGCAUAUAGCCUAAUUUAAUUUCCAAAAGUAAUAUGGAUGUAAUUGGAAAAAGAACUAGGCUACUUAAGAAUAUGCAAUAAUAAUUUCAACUAAUUUCCAAGUAAUAUCUAGGAUGUAUCAAUCUUUGUGUUGAAAUAUUCAUGUAAAAGUUAUGCCAGCAAGCUGUGUCACAGACAAAAAUCACUAAUGUGUCCAACACCGUAUUAUUUUCUUUUCUUUUUACAUAUUUAUAGUUACAUACAGUUUUAAAAUUAGUAUUGUAUAUAUUUUUCAUGAAGAAGUUAUUCCAAGAAACAAAAAUGUAUAGUAAAAUAAAAAAAGCUCAGUAGUGAAUCUCUUUACAUUUUCCCUAAAUUUGUAUUGUAUGUAGGCUACGACCACACGAGACGACUUGGCGACAAAGAAUAAAAAUACCCCCGCCGCAGCAAACCUGCAGACUUAGCGAAUUUCCAUUUGCCUGAUUGGAUUUAAACUAAAAUGUCUCCUUAAAAAUAUCACAUUUAUUCCCUUUUUAAACAGAAUUAGUUUAAUGAGGACUUAGGUUUGCUGCAACAG